GAUAUUAGAAGUCAGCCAUUUUGCCAUGUUUGCCGAUUUUCAAUGACUGACUGCGCUGUAGGAAUCGCUCGCCGAUAUCCAAACUUCCAAUGAGAAAUCAAUAUGCAGUCGCUAUCUUUAUUUUGCAAAAGUAGAUUUUAAAGUGUGUAUUGGGUAUUAGCGAAAUUAGUUGUGUCUGGGAUCCAAAUAGCACAGUGUUUUAUAAGUUGAACAAUGGAGGAGUUACAUUCGUGUAGCUGUUGCCUGGUGCGGCCUCCGGAGAAGGGGCUUAAAACGUUGUAUAAACAUCUCGGCAAAACAGAAAUAUAUUACGACAUGCUAAAAGAUUGCUUCGACAUACAUCUAGGAAUAGGGAAUGAGGAGUGUGGGAUCUGCGAGGUGUGUGUGGGCGGCUGAGGGAUGCAAGUGACUUCAAGCUGCAAGUGAAGCACAGCCAGGCAGAAUUGCAGGCACGGCUCAAGGGAGUAAUCACUGCCAGUGACAAGUUCAAAAUCAAGUUAGAAAAAGCUGCUGGAGAUGAAAAAAUCGUAGGCGACAUCAAGCUAGAGAAGUCCGAGGUGGAGAUGGCCGAUGGUGAGGUUGUAUCAGUGGCCAUAUACGGCGGAGCACCAGGGCCUUCAGCGGAACCCACGUCUAAUGCGUCAAAGCGCGGCACUUCUCCGGCGGAGGAGGCAGACACCAACCUCGACCAAUCUGAUUCCGAUCCAGCACCGGCUCCCAGCCGCGGCCGCGGUAAAGUACACACCUGCGACAUAUGCCAAAAAACAUUCAAGAACCCCAAUGCAAAAACCAGACUCAUGAUCCAUCGCCGCUCCCACACUGGGGAGAAGCCUUACGCGUGCAAUGUAUGCGAUAAAAGAUUCAUACAAAAAAGCCACUUAAAUACACAUUACGCACACCACAUGGGAAAGUUCAAAUUCUCCUGCGAAGUAUGCGACAGGCGAUUUGUACAAAAAAAUGAAUUCGUUAUACAUAUGCGGAUACACACAGGUGCAAAACCGUUUUCGUGUGAUAUGUGCAACAAAAAAUAUAGACAAAAAAGUCACUUAACUGUUCAUAAAAAGACACAUUUGAAGUUUGAUCAUAGUCAGGUAGAACCAGGAGAAAUAACAGUAUGCAAAAAAGAGUGUACAGAUGAAACUAAAGAUCAAGUAUCCUUAGACCAGCAAAUAUUCACUUGUGAUAUAUGCAGAAAACAAUUUGCAGAAGAAAGCACUUUUAACGCUCAUAAAAAUAAUCAUUCCGGUGAUUACCCAUUCACUUGUGAUGUUUGUGAAAGGAAAUUUAACACGCAGUUUGCGUUGAAAAAUCAUAAAUUUGAUCACACUGGAGGAAAACCUUUCAAGUGUGAAAAAUGCAAUAAAAGGUAUACAUCAAAAUGUGCUUUAAAACUCCAUUCGAAACUUCAUGAUGAGGAUUAUAAGUACGCGUGUGUCGUAUGUAAUAAACGAUUCAUAAAGAAAGACGCUUUGAGUAUACACCUGCGCGUACACACGGGAGAAAAGCCUUAUAACUGUGAGAUAUGUCAAAUGAACUUUCGCUAUAGAUGUAGUUUAAAGAGACAUCUAUUAGUCCAACACAACCAAGUUAUGGACAAACAGUUCUGUUGCGACAUUUGUGGGAAGCGUUUUGCGCUACAGGGAACUUUAGCUAAACAUAUGGAUAGACAUGCCGAGAAAGAAAUGGAAGAUAAAGCGUUAAGGGAAGGGAGAAAGGAGUAUAUGUGUGAAAUAUGUAGCAAACGAUUUUCAACUAAAGGUAUCUUAAGAAAUCACAGUAUAACACACUCUGAUGAAAAACCUUUUGAGUGUGAAACUUGUCAUAAGAAAUUCCGGAAGAAGCGAAAUUUGCAGGACCACAUGAUGGUACACGAAGACUUUAAACAACACGCGUGCGAAGUGUGCGGCCAGCAAUUUAGGCAUAAAUCUGCUUUGACAGUUCAUGUUCGAAGAGUUCACUCAACUAUCAAGCCACAUGCUUGCGAUGUUUGUAAAAAGGCUUUUCCAGUUCUUGCUGCAUUGAAAGAACACUAUCGUGUUCACACUGGGGAGAGACCAUAUGCUUGCGAAAUAUGCUACAAGAAAUUUCAGCGCCAUAGUGGAGUUAAGAAACAUCUUAUAAGCGUUCACCAUGAGAAACCUACGAGAUUUAUUAAAUUAAAAAACAUGAAUAGUUAUAAUUAUAACUAAUUUAAUAAGGUGUUCGCAGUAGCAGUAAAGUUAGUGGUGAUGACAUUGAAAAUAUCCAGGCUAUGCAGUAUAUACGAUUAGAAGUAUUACAACAAAUUGAAUUAUUUUCAGAAAAUAUUUUAAUUUGUUUUUAUUUCAAGUAGAAACACUACUAUAUAAAUUAUAAACUGAAGUAAAUGUCAUAUACAAUGACUCUCGCUAGCUCGGUAUCACCCGAGUUGAUCCAGUUAGUAGGUUGAACCAUACUGUUCUAUCUUAGAGAUGGCUAGGGAGCGCCGUAAGCCUUCCGUAAGAAAUGCAUAUAUUUAGAAAAAUUCGACCUAUGCGCCGUGACCCCGGAGGCCGAAGGCUCGGGCACGGUUCGAUUCCUGCCUGGAGCACUGGAGACCUAGGUCACUUUUUCUUAGUAUAUGACAUUUAUUUCAGUUUAUGUCAUAAAGAACGCUUACUUAAGUAAUCGUAGGCGAUACAUAGAAUUAAUGAAAACAGUAAAUAAUGAAAUAUUUUAAUAAAAUAAAAACCAUUUUAUUUUAAACAUUCAGAUAUACCGCGACACUUCACCAGGUUUACAAAAUUACAAAAUAAGCUGGUGCAGACCAUCUCUUCAAAACUAAAACAACAUUCCAAUACAUAUAAUAUUUCAAUUCUUCAUGUACUGUCUGCUUAAUCUAUGUGUAAUUUUCUUAUACCUCUAAUUAUUUCAUGCACUACCAGUUUUAAAAACUUUCUGCUCUUUAUCUUGCAGCUACCUUUAUUUACAUUGUAAGUCUGUUUUCUUUGUGGUGUAAUAAAGAAUAUAUCCUUACAUUCAAAAAGUUAUUUUAUGAAGUUUUAAAUAAAAAUUAGUGCCUAAUUUACCAAAAUACACGCGCAGAGUGCACCAAGUGCAAGCAUGAGGUCAGAAAUAUCAAAUAAAGUGACAGAAGCAAAACUUGAUAAAGUUCAAAAUAAUGUUUAUAAAGGCAAUUUGUUUUUUAAAGUUGGUUGGUGGCAAAGUUAGCUUAGACGGACUAGGUAAUAAGAUAAGAUACAUUUGAUGUGCAAUAAUACUUUUAAAUAGGUUUCAAUCGCUGUCACUGGAGAAGUAGCUUCACCGCUCACAAUUUACACCACUUUUUUUUCUGUACAUAGUGGCCCAAAAAUAUGUCGAAUUUUUUCUCCUGCGACAUAUUGUUGAUCAUUUUCACAAACGUUUGUGUGUUAAGCCAAAAGAGUUUAGUUUAAAGAUAUACGUUUUUUUAAUGGUUGUAGUUUUAAUCAGAUUUUGUUGAAAAAUGUGUAAGUACUUAUUAUUCCUAAAAACACUUUGUCAAUGUAUUUUUGGGCCUUUCUGUAGCUAUUAUGUGUGUUGGCUGUAAGGGGCCUGCAUUUGUCCUUAAACUUUAAAAAACUGUAUACUUAAAGGCGUACCCUUUGCGCUUGUGAAGACACUGCUAACUGGUUGCCGGUUGGUAACACGUAGCAAUGUUAAUCGAACGUUAAUUAGAAUUGACCAUUAAGCAUUACAAAUAUAACCGUAAACCGUGACGGACGGUUACAGUGUACGGUUCAAUUUGUAAUGGUUAUCAACACUGAUACGUAGUAUUGGGACCGUGCGAAGUGCAUGGUGGGGGUAAGUAAAGCGAUCCCAGCGCAUAAGGUGGUAAAAAUUAGAACUAACUGCGAAUAGCGUCUUUAACAUUUCGUACAAGUUAUAUGGCUCGAAAUGAAACUUUAAUUUACGAUUUCUCCUGAAAUAUUCAUUUAAAUUGUAUGGUGUAAGGGGCCAUUGUAAUCUGUAUGAAAUGAUUAAUAAAACUAACGCAUUUAAUUUGAUAAUUGUUAAUAACAUAUCCGUGUAUUUUUCUCGAAGUUAAGAAUGGAUAUAAUAAGUUAUCCUUAAAAGAUAGACAUUUAACAUGGACUUUUUUUUGGACCUAUGAAUGAGAAACAACCCCACCAUAUAUUGUG